AUGGAAGUGUCGCCUGAGCAGCAGGCGGGGGUGCCAGUGCUGGUCCGCCGGCCGCGCCCGACGCCCCCAGGCCUGCGCGAGACGCUGAAGGCCAGGCUGCGGCAAAGCUGCGAGUGCAGCGCGCGGGGUGCCUGGGGCCUGGUGCAGGCCCUGCUGCCCGCCACGCGCUGGCUGCGCAGGUAUCGCCUGCGGGAGGACCUGGCAGGCGACGUCGUGUCCGGGCUGGUCAUCGGCAUCAUCCUGGUGCCCCAGGCCAUCGCCUACUCGCUGCUGGCCGGGCUGCAGCCUAUCUACAGCCUCUACACGUCCUUCUUCGCGAACCUCAUCUACUUCCUCAUGGGCACCUCGCGCCACGUCUCCGUGGGCAUCUUCAGCCUGCUCUGCCUCAUGGUGGGGCAGGUGGUGGACCGCGAGCUCCUGCUGGCCGGCUUCGACCCCGCCCAGGACGGCCCUGCGCCUGGGGACAACAGCAGCGCCCUCAACGCCUCGGCGGCGGCGCUGGGGCUGCAGGGCUGCGGGCGUGACUGCUAUGCCAUCCGCGUGGCCACCGCCCUCACGCUGGUGGCCGGGAUUUACCAGGUCCUCAUGGGCGUCCUCCGGCUCGGCUUCGUGUCCGCCUACCUCUCGCAGCCACUGCUCGACGGCUUCGCCAUGGGGGCCUCGGUGACCAUCCUGACUUCCCAGCUGAAGCACCUGCUGGGCGUGCGGGUGCCCCGGCACCAGGGGCCGGGCAUGGUGGUCCGCACGUGGCUGAGCCUGCUGCGCAACGCCGGGCAGGCCAACCUGUGCGACGUGCUCACGAGCGCCGUCUGCCUGGCUGUGCUGCUGUCCGCCAGGGAGCUCUCGGACCGCUGCCGGCACCGCCUGAAGGUGCCGCUGCCCACGGAGCUGCUGGUCAUCGUGGCGGCCACGCUCGUGUCCCACCUUGGGCAGCUGCAUGCCCGCUUUGGCUCCAGCGUGGCCGGGGACAUCCCCACUGGCUUCAUGGCCCCGCGGGCGCCGGACCUGGCACUGAUGUGGCGCGUGGCGCUGGACGCCGUGCCCCUGGCCCUCGUGGGCUCCACCUUCUCCAUCUCGCUGGCGGAGAUGUUCGCCCGCAGCCACGGCUACUCCGUGCGGGCCAACCAGGAGCUGCUGGCCGUGGGCUGCUGCAACGUGCUGCCCGCCUUCUUCCACUGCUUCGCCACCAGCGCUGCCCUGGCCAAGAGCCUGGUGAAGACGGCCACCGGCUGCCGCACGCAGCUGUCCAGCGUGGUCAGCGCCGCGGUGGUGCUGCUGGUGCUGCUGGCGCUGGCGCCGCUGUUCCGGGACCUGCAGCGGAGUGUGCUGGCCUGCGUCAUCAUUGUCAGCCUGAGGGGCGCCCUGCGCAAGGCGAGGGACCUGCCGCAGCUGUGGCGGCUCAGCCGGGCCGACGCGCUGGUCUGGGUGGCCACGGCCGCCGCCUGCGUGCUGGUCAGCACCGAGGCCGGGCUGCUGGCGGGCCUGCUCCUCUCGCUGCUCAGCCUGAUCGGCCGCACCCAGCGCCCACACACGGCCCUGCUCGCCCGCGUUGGGGGCUCCGGCUUCUACGAGGACGUCUCGGAGUUUGAGGGGCUGGUCCCCGAGCCCGGCGUGCGGGUUUUCCGCUUCGCAGGGCCGCUGCACUUUGCCAACAAGGACUUCUUCCUGAGGUCCCUCUACAGCCUCACGGGGCUGGAUGUGGGGCACGCAGCUGCCCGGAGGAAGGGGCCGGGCCCCGAGGCAGGGGUCCGCCAGGGGGAGCCUGUCGCAGACACGGACCGGGGCCCAGCCAGCAGCGCGGCUGCCCUGGUGCCCGGAGCGGCCGGCUUCCACGCGGUGGUCAUCGACUGCGCCCCGCUGCUGUUCCUGGAUGCGGCCGGCCUGGCCACGCUGCGGCAGCUGCGGAGAGACUGCGGGGCCCUGGGCAUCGCCCUGCUGCUGGCCUGCUGCAGCCCCUCGGUGAGGGACGCCCUGAGCGGGGGCGGCGUCCUCGGGGAGGGCCAGGGGGACGCGGGCGACGAGGGGCAGCUGUUUCACACCGUGCACAGCGCUGUGCAGGCAGCCCGCGCCCGCUGCCAGGGGCCCGCGCCCGCCGACUCCUCGCUCUAG